AUGUCCCAACUUCCGCCGAGCACUGCGACUGCCUCUUCUUCCGAAGAAGAACACAGUUCCCCUUGUCAUCAUGAUGAUGAUGAUCGUGACAAUUCGCACCAUCCUGAGAGGGAGGAAGAGCAUGAAAAGAACCACUCGGAUUCUUCUUCGGAGGUUUCUCUUUCCUCUCCUCUCUUUCAAGGCAUGGAAUUUGUCUUGGUCAAGGAAACAAUGAAACCGAACGAUUAUGAAUACUUUUCCCGACUCAUUCCAGAACAUGGAGGAGUGUUGGCCGAGAAUGUUUCUGAGCGCACGACACAUCUGGUUUCGGAGAGAGCUGUUUGGCCAGUGCCUCCUCAUGUCCUCUCGGUCAAUGUUUGGUUUGUGGAAGAUUGUGUUUACAAUGAAGAGUUGUGCGAUGUGAAUGCGUAUCUGUGGAAUGGAGAGGUUUCGUUGCAUGGUCAACCUCAACUGAAAAAAAGAAAAUUGGAAAAUGUGAAUGCUGAAUCAGUGAGUCAGUGCAAGAAUAGUACUACUCUCGAGAUGCAACUACACAUGGAUGAGAUGGCACGACCUUCAGAGAUUAUGUCACACAAGUGGAUGAGUGACCUAUUGUUGGAUGACAUUUGGUUUGAAAUUUUCAUGUUUUUGGAAAUUGCGGAUUUGAGUUCAGUAAUUUUAGUGUCAAAGGAAAUGUAUCGUCUAAUUCAGGACGAUCGAUAUGAAAAGAAUCAAUCUUUUUGGAUCCAAUACUAUAACAGAUUCAUUCGAAAUUGGAGUGCACAAGAUGAACAUGCCUUUUUCAACAGCAUUCACAACACUUCCUUCGAUAAGUUUGAUACAGAAACGAAUUUGCAUGCCAACAAGCAAAGAUUGGAGCUCACCCUACAAAAAGUCACACUCCUUUUGAAUCGAAGAGCGUGCCCUCAACUCACUGAAUCUGACGUGAUGCCACAAUUUUCUCUUCCUGCUCUGGUCAAGAAUCGAAUCAUGACUCAUCUCCACUUUUCAAAAUCAUUGAAGAGAAGAAUGACUGCUAGAAUUACCUGUGAAGCGGAAUCUAAGAGUGAACGACGUGUGAAACAAGUUGAAAAAGAUUCCAAAAUAAUGACUCUCUUUCCGGGUCUUUCCCUUAAAGAUCAAUUAGAAGCGCUGAAAUCAAAAUUGAACGAUUUCACAGAAAUUAAUUUUGGACCUUUUGACGAGUAUGAAAUGAAUGGACAACUACCAAAAGACUAUUUGGAUUGGAUCUCUCAAAAUUCAGACCUUCUUUCCAACAGUAGAAUUAGAAGUUUAUUUUUCUUAGAUGUGCAUUUCUCCUUUUGUGAAGUGAGUUGGAUGAAACUUGGAGAUUUGAGUAAGGUAUUAAAUACUUUUCCAAAGUUGGCUCAUUGGACGUCCAUGGGGAGUGAACAACUUCAAUUUUCAACUGCAUGCUCGCAUUCCACAUUGCGAUCCAUUGUAUUAAUUUCUGCUGGAUUAUCGAAGCCAAUUUUGAAGGAAUUGUUUUGCAUGAAAUUGCCAAAUUUGUGUCAUUUAGAGCUGUUUUUAGGAGACGAUUGUCGUAGAGAUGCUCGACAAGAUUUUAAACCUGAAUUUAUUCAAGAAUUAUUGAAGUCUCCAAAGCACGAACAUUCCUUUCCUUCACUGGAUUAUUUAGGACUCAGAAAUUAUCAACACAUUGACGCAAUAGCACCUUCCAUUUUCGAAAACCCAUUUUCCAAACGAGUACGCAUGAUUGAUAUUUCAUUAGGAACACUUAGCGAUGAAGGUGCCAAGAGUUUCAUAGAAAUUUUGAAGAAUGAGGAAAAGAUGAAUCAGAAAUUUUUGAAUUUAGAAAUUUUAGAUGUACACAAUUCGUACCUUUCAAAAGAAAUUGUGGAAGAAUUAUUGAACUUGUCAACCAUGAUCGUGAAUGUGAAACCUCACAAAGAAGCCGAUCGUCGAUGGAGGUACGUCACCUUAAAUGAAUGA